GCGCUUCGCUUGUUGGCGAUUUGAGGCGUACGCGGUAACACCUGUCGUCGCCACCAAGCGUUCAGCCCGCUUCGCCCUCACGACCUGGACUGCAAGCGUGCGACAUCCGUGCCAGGCCUAGAAUCUGGUCUUCAGGUCAGCGCCUUGGUCGCCCUCUUUAGAUCCGCUUGAAGCUCGUCUUCCGCUCUUCACAAUGUCUUCGUCUCUCAAUUCGAAGCUAUCGCUCUUGCCAAGCUCGCCGCAGAGUCCUUCUUACGCUCCACACAGCGGCGACAACAACAACAACAAAGUUUUGAUCACACGCCGACGGAGAAGUGGACGCAGCAGAUCGUCUACUCUGACACCUCUGCCGAGCGCGACUUCCAUCACUCACUCUGCAGCCAGCGGCGACGAGGCAGAUAUCCAGCCUGGGCGCAAGAACGGCAUCUUUAGAAACUUUUCACCGACGUAUCCAAGGGGUGUCGAGAGGUCUGCUAGCGCAGUGAGCAACGAGCUCGAAUCUUCGUCUCAGCCUUAUCGUUCCACGGACGAGCCAAUCUUGGCAGCACGUCGCAAGACAAUCACACGGAGGAGCAGACGAAGGGCCGAGUCAUCUUCCAGCAACCAGAGCCAGAAUUCUGGUAUCGUGGGCUUGACGUGCGAGGGCAUAAAGCUAGACAACUCCUCUCAAGGUGCGCUCGCUAGUGACCCUUCCUCUGCUCCAAAGUCGCGAUACUCGCUGCGUCACGGCCACAGCAGUUCUUCACUGAAGACUUCGGUAGCAGACACAAGCUCUCCAGGUGCUCGUACACCCACAGCGGCAGCAGGUGCAUCCAGUAGAGCAAAGCGGAAACGGCUGGGAACCCAAGCGAGUUCUAGACUGGAAGAGGUUGAACAGAGGCUCAAGGCUCAAGAAGCGCUCAUCAACGGUACCGACGCUUCUACAGAAUCGCAUUAUAGCGCCAACAUUGACCCUCAGCUCACUCAAGGCAGCCAAGGGGAACCUCUGCAGAUGCUCGCCACGCCUUACAAUUCGCGGCAUCCCCUUCCGCUAUCCCCGCAUCUUCUCACUUCCAGGCAUUCCCGUUUUCCCCGAGCUUUAAAGUCGCUGAGCGGUAGGGCAAGGGUCGGUCGGAUCAUUUGUCAGUCUUGCUUGCAAGGAUCAAAAUCCGGGUGCGAUGCUCCUGCCACAUCCGACGAGCCAUGCACAUCUUGUAAUGUGAUGGGUGGGCAAUGUGUCAAAAUGGAAGUCAGGUACGGUUCCGGAAACGCUCCAAUGAUAGUACCUGCAUCGCUCGAAACCGGCACGACGUUGGCGCACAGCACGAUGCCAAAGCAGCACGUAUCCUUCGAACUUGCGGUUGGAGAUGGCGUUCAAGAGGGUUGGCCUGACGGCGAUCUGGAUGGCACUGCUCUUGCUGGUAUACCAGCUCUGUCCGGAGCGAACGGCAACGUUAGUGCCAAAAUCAAAGGUCUCACCGCCUUACCCCAAUCGACUUCAUUUGCUGCAGGCACGAAUGGCCUUGAAGCGAGUCGUCUGGCGGCGGAAGAUGUAAAGUUCACGUCUUGGGGAAUCCCUUCGCGGAUAUCACACAAGGGACAGCUGGUCGAGAUUUCCUGUCGAAGAUUGGUCCACGCUCUGUUGCGCAAGUUCCGUUCCGAGACGAACGGCCCACACGCGCUGAUUGUGCCCCCGUCUCAAAGCGAUCUAAUCCUCCGUCGUGGACCCGGGCUGCCGGCUCCGGUGCCCGAUUUCCUCUUGCUCACGAUCUUGGCUUCAUCAGUCGCCAUCGUCACGGAACCUCUGGAACUCGUCGCUCUUCGACCACACAUUUGGAAGAAGGCAGCAGCGGAGGUUGAGGCCGUCUGCUCAUCACUCUACUCUCUCAAGGGUGAUCUGGCCCUCAUCCAGGCAUUACUACUCCUCGCUGUCUACUGGCCCGGCGAUCCAGGCCGAAUCGAGCGCCGACACGUCAUCAGCACAGCUCUGCGACUUGCUCCUUCGUGCGGCCUGCAUAACCCUGCUUUGCUUCGCAGCAAUGCUUUGGUUGGUACACUCGCCUUGGCGCUGGACGCGAUCACAACUUUGUGGAGUGCUUCAUCGGAUAGCCCUGUGGCCGAGACGUCGCCUGUCAGCCUGCCGAUGCCAGAUCCCAGUUGGGUGUACGUGAUGGUGGGCGAAACAAGCGUACCUGCAGCCCGACUCUUGGCCCACCUGAUGUGCGCCUUUUUGAGUUUGCUACAAAUCCUCAAGCACCUUUUGCGAAAUCUACAUCAGCCGGUUACGUCCCAAUUUACCAGCUUAGAAAGCGUGACAGCUCACCAAAACAAUAUCGAAGGUGCGUUGAGCGCAUUUUGCCGCGCUCAAAAGCCCAUCAUCUUGGACGCGGAAAAGCAGCAGCGAUCACACCCUAGCGCCGCAGUCCUCGCCAAAUCGAUUCGGCGGCUGCUGAUGAUCAUCCAGCUCUUGCUUUUCAAAUCGAGCCUGGACUUCAUAGUUCGAAGGGCGCGAGAAGAAGGAUCACACAAAUCCAACGAAGCUAGAUCGGGGCCUUCUGCAGCUGCGGAGCCGGUGCGGGUACGAUUUCCGCCCGAAUGCGGAAGAGCAGUCGCCGCAGUGAUUGAAACGGCGUGGGGGCUUAUCUUCGGCGACGAAGAACGCAUAAGCGCAAAGGGUUGUGUCUGGGCAUCACAGCUCGACCCCAGCGCUUGCACGCAAAUGUCCUUUCAGGCUUUCGGAGUUGUGCUCGGCGCUCGCUCAUUUGCGUUUCUGGCCAUGCACUGGAUCGACUGGGACAAGGGCAAGGGAUGCCUCGAGUAUAGCACGCGACCCGCCCCUGGAACUGCAAAGGUACGGAACAAGUCGACCACAGUGGUCUCAACUUCUUUGUUACAUCCAGACGAACGUGAGAGCCCUAUCGAGCACGAGCAGCACCUUUCAAUGCCAGCCAGCCAGCCUCUUGCUUCUGCGCCUCCGCCUGCUCCGGGUGCACAGACUGCAGAAGCUGGUGAGAAUGGGUCGAGUGACCCUCAAAGCCGCGUAGUCGCACACGUCGCCUUGCCUCUGGUGGACCCUGUACCAUCGGCAGCUCUGGACCCUCGACUCUUUGCGCCACCGGAAGACGCAACCGCGCAGGAACAGCAGGAAUGCGCAAUCGAUCCAAAUUUGGAGCUUUCAACGACGGUGGAGGAAGCUAGCAGCAAAUUGCUAUCCGACCCGCCCCUCGUCGAGCAAGCCUCGGCUGAGCAAAGUGAAUCCGAGAUCAUCAUCGCUAGCGUCGAGUCUGGAGCUAUACAAACCCCGGUGACCGCCUGAGCUCAAGCUUUCUCGCCGCACGCACCGUGCAACCUCUCGAGUGAAGGUCGCCGCCAGAUCAAUUGGGCUCGCUGGUCUAUGCUGUAUGACUGAGACUUUACCACUACUACU